UGUGCAGCAGAACUCAGAAGCCAUUUUGAAAUGAUGAUGGCGUCCCUGUUGAGAGAAGCCGUGAGGAUGCAGAGAACCAACGAGCAGGGCCACGCUCCUGUCUGUGCCUCCUCUUUCCCUCCAUCAUGGCAGCUGUCUACCGACGGGACAUUAGCAGAGCGGCGCUGCUCGCUGAGUUAAAACGUCAUUGACAUGAAAGAGGACGGUGUCCGUUCACUGUCUCUGUUGGAGACGUGUAACACCGUGAGUUUUUCUCCAGUCUGACAUCUUCCAGCUUCUCUCACAGUCUCCCUCUCUGUCACCGGAGCGAGGGGGAGGCAGAUCCGCUGUCCAAUGGCCUGUGUGAGCCUUGUCUCCAGUCCCCCAGCCCCUGUCCUUGACAAAAACAUGACAGACUCUGAGCUUGCAGGGGAUGAAAGAGAGGAUGGGGAACUAGAAGAUGGAGAAAUAGAUGAUGAAGGGAUUGGGAUUGAAGAAGAAAACAAAGAGACUACAGAGGUGAAUGAAGAGAAAGAAAAAGAGCGAGUUAAAGAAAAAGAAGAAAAGACACACAGGCACUCCAGGAAAAGAUACAAAAAGACCAAAGAGAAGAGGAGAUCAAAGAGGAGGAGACGUGAGAGACAGAAACACCACUCCCCCUCCAGCAGCUCCAGCUCCGACAGUUAUGACUCCGACUACGACCGACCAGAAAGGCCCAAAAGCAGGAAGUGCCAGGGAUCUAACCGCGAGUCUGACGGCCCACCCUCUCAGCAUGGACGGGACUCUAAAGGAAGCCACGGCAACUCGCAGAAGUCGCCGCCGCACAAGAGCAGUGAUUUUGACAAGUACAGCGACUACAGUGAUGACUAUGAUGAAGAGGAGGGCGAUUACGACGAGGGCAUGUCCGAGUAUCAGCAGGCUAAAGAUUCCCCAAGUCAGGGAAAGGGGCGCUAUGCUAAAGACCAGAUGCGGAGAGGAGGCAUGAGGGGAAUGAAACAACAGUUUGGGCAGAGGGGAAGAGGCAGAGGGAGCGGACCAGGCAGAGGACGUGGGAUGCUCAACAAGAACAAGAAGCUGAUGGGAAAACCCUGGGGUGGACGUGGGCGAGGUCGAGGAGGCGAUCAGGGAAUGGAAGAAAUGGAAGGAAAAAAUUGUUCUGGUUUUCAGAAGAAACGACCGAUAAUGAGCAAGGAGUUCAUCAGCCAGCACACAGUGGAACACAAUGGUCGAUACAUCUGCAAGUAUUUCCUGGAGGGCCGAUGCAUCAAGGGGGAACAAUGCAAGUUUGAACACGAGCUCGUCGUGCCAGAUAAGAAAAAGGAACUGUGUAAAUUUUACCUCCAAGGAUACUGCAGCAAAGGAGAUAACUGCAUUUACAUGCACAAUGAAUACCCGUGCAAGUUCUUUCACACAGGAGCGAAAUGUUAUCAAGGCGACAACUGCAAAUUCUCCCACGAAGAGCUGAAUGAUGUCACCCAGGAGUUGCUUGAUAAGAUCAUUAACACUGAAGAGGAGAAUGCCCGUGAGGACGAACUGGAGCUGGAGGAUCUGAGAAAGCAGGGUAUCGCCCCGCUUCCUAAGCCUCCUCCUGGGGUGGGGUUGCUGCCCACUCCUGGUCAGAGCAGUCCCACAGAUGGAGCCCCUGGCCAAGCAGGGAAGAAGAUCCCCUCCCUCUUUGAAAUCAAUGUCCAACCUACUGUUGACUUGGUGCAAAAAAUUGUCAGUGGAUCAAACUACUCCCAGAAUCAAGAUGAUGGCACCAAUCAGUUUAGUGGCGGCUCAGAGGACACACAGAGUGGAGGCAUGGUGCCUUCAGGUUCCACUGCUCCUUCUAUUCCUCCCCCUGGUUCACCUGUUGCCAUGGGUCACCCCACGGGACCCUCAAUGCCACAAAGCCCGCCAGGCCAGCACCCUCCACAUGGAUUUCCUGGUCAACCACCACCCUUCCACGGAAACCGACAGAAUAUCAAUCCUCAGAUGAAUAUGCAGAGGCCUCCGUUCCCUCCGAUACCAGAUCUACAGAUGCUGCAAAAUCCCUUCCCUUUUCCAUCGAUGGGCCAGAACCCAGUAGAUGCCUUUGGCAGCUUCCUCCAGAACCAGGCCAUGGGUCAACAAGGAGUAGACCCUGGCCUGGCCUUCAUACAGAACCUCCAGCAACAGAUUGGUGCAGAGUCACAGUUGCAGUCUUUACCACCAGCAGUGCAGAAAGCCAUCUUUUUACACCUGACACAGCAACAGGGGAAUGAGCCACAGAGAGCAGAGGUUCAGGAUGAUAACAAUGCAAACAGAGAUGAAACUACAAACUGGUAUUCGAGUGAUGAGGAGGAUGGGAGCUGUGUUGCCUCCAUCCUUAAAUCUCUGAAAAAGCAGAGUGAGAUGCAGCAGUCUCAGUCCAAGCCUCCCCCGACUGCGGUACCGGGCGACCCUCGGCUUGUAAAAGAGAGGGCCCCACCCUGUGACCCGCGUAUGAAGACAGACCCUCGACAGCGACCUCCCGAUGUGAAAAAGGAGUCGGAGGGGGCUGCAGAUCCGCGGUUCUCCAGAGACCCCAGGAAGAUGAGGCCAAUGGAGAAAAAUCCCUAUCGCCAGCAGAGCAACCUUGUUCCUCAGAAGCCUCCUACAGGAGAGGAGGAUGACGAGGGAGAGAGGGAGCUCAGGGACAGAGCUGUUCUCAUCCCUCUUGAAGCCGGCCCCAGUGUGGUGCUGCGGGACCCUCGUUGCCAGUUAAAGCAGUUUAGCCACAUCAGGGUGGACAUUCUUCUCCAGCGGCCUGCCUUUGCUCAGACCGUGGUGUGGGCCCCUGAGGACCUCAUCCCGUCCCUGAUCCCCAAACAGGAACACUCCAUCAACCUCCCUUUGCCACCCCUAAUUGCCGACGCUCAGAUGAACCGAUCCAACCUGCCCGACCAUCCCCCAGUCACCAGCCCUCCGCCUUCUGACCCCAGGCUGAUAGCUGCACGUUUGAAGGAACGUAUGAACCGCUUGCCUUCUGGAUCCUUAGAGUCUCGAUUCCCCACAGAGAGACCCAUAGACCCACGCCAACAAAAGGCUCUUGACCCCAGACUCAAGCGUACAGGAAGUCUGGACUCCAAGCUGCUGGUUCAGAAAGAGUCCUCCUCUGUGGGAGGCGGUGUGGACCCCAGGCUACAAAAAAACUCCUCUCCUCAAGCCGCUCGAGCCAAGCCGGAGCCUGAAAAGCUGCCGCCAUACGCCCCUCGUCUGGCAUCCAGUGGUGGAGGGCUGGAGAGUCCGACCACAAUCCUCGGGGGCAUCAGCCUGUAUGAUCCUCGUGCUCAAACAGAGCAGAUUCAGAAGGAACAGGCAGAGCCUCCUAAAAAAGUGGGGAUUCUGAAACAUUCUGCUAAGAAAGACAGUACUGCGCCUCAGUCACUCUCACCGACUCAACAAAGCAGCUCUUUUGAAGAGGUCAAAAGCACAGACACUGCCUCAGAUCCGCCUCCGCCCUCCCAUUCUCCUGCAGUGCCUCCAGCCUCACCUGUCAAACCCCCUGCGGUUCAUAAUCUCCCCAUCCAGGCUCUAGCCGGACUUAUCCGACCCCAGUACAUGGACCCCAGACAGGUCAAGCAAGCAGGACAGGGCACCACUGGAGCACAAGAAGUGGUAGAGCUAAAGGAGGAGAAGGAGGAGGAAGAGGAGCAGCCAAAAGAGGGGAAGAAGCGGGACGAGGAAAAAGAGGCUUCGAAGGAGGAACAGAAACAGGAGGAUCCAGAGGAGGAAGCAGACGACAGGACACUUAAAGACGUCUUCAAGACCUUCGACCCCACUGCUUCUCCUUUCUGUCAGUGAUCCCUUUGGAGAAUUUGAAAAGCUGCGUGAAAUUUGUACAUUGAUGAGACAUUUCUAUUAAUCUUUAUUUAGCUUUACAUGAAUCUAUUUAUGUCUGUAUAUGAAUGAUGCUGUAUAGAAUCACAUAUUAUCUAGUGCACUACAUGUUUAUCAGUACGGAGAUGGUGAUAGAUGUGUGCACAGACACUGUAUAGUUCCUUUGAACAUAAUCACAUUAAUGCUGUGUGUUUUUGAAAGUGUUUUUAUCAUUCUGUAAUUUUCUUGUUUGUUCUAAAAAGUCAGAAAAAAAAGGAAUAAUUUCAACUUGUAUAUUUUUCUUGAGGACUGAUCCGUAUGUUGGUUACUAAGCGUUGAGUUGUUCCAGGCAUCAAACCCUGUAGAUUAGAGUCAUUCAUUCUCUACAUGCACAGAAGUGACGCAGAGUAAUCGACCAAACAAAGGUGGUUUUGUAAUUACUUAUUUAUUUCACACACUUUUAUAUUGUGGUGUAUUCAUGUUUAUGUUCACUUGUGUGAGAAGGGAGUUUUCAUGAUAAAUCAACAGAAGUUUUAUGGAACAUUUUUACCCCCCACACCCUGAUAUGAGGAUUGUGAUCAGCUUAGCCCCAGUUGCUUUUCACAUUGACUGAUCGCUCCUCCCUUUUUACAGUUUUUCCCUUUUCUCUAUAAUGACGCUAUCCUGCAGAGUUUUUGUGCAAUGUCUUGUGCAAUAUGUUAAGUUUUGACUGCUUAGCUGAGAAGAAAUGUGUAAUUUUUCUGCAACAUUGCCGUUUUUAAGUUUUGUACAAUGUUGGCACUAUUGUCAUUAUAAAUGGACUGAAUGCUUUGAGGACAUUACUGUUGUGGCCUUUUCUGACUUGCUGGUAAUGACAGUUAAUGGAAGAAAUUACUAUUGGAUUAAGAUUAGAUUUGUCAUCGUCAUUCCUCAAAAUGCUCACUGCUGACAAGCUUGUAAGUCGCUUUUAAAAUUUCCUUCACUUCAAAAAAAUAGUUGGAAAAAGACGUCAGCAAAGAAAGAAAAAUACUAUCCUGGUGACAUUGUAUUACGUGUAUAUAUAUAUGUUAAAAAUAUAACAGUUCUGGCUAUUUUCACCGUUUGUUUUAUUUGAGUUGAUUUAAGAUGUCACAUGGGGUAAUGUGUGUUACAGAGGUCGACUGUUGUAGACCUAUGGUGGCAUAACAAUUGGAAGAUUUUUUUUUGAUUGAAUGGUGUUUUUGUAGUUUGACUGAAACUUAGCUAUUUACUUUUUUUUAUCGUUUUCAUAAUUCACAAUGUAAAUGCCUAUUUUGUAUCACUUAUACAGUGUUGUUUUUUUUCAAGUGUUUUAAUGAAUAAUCCUUUAUUUUUGUUCUUGUCAGUAUGGUGUAAGAUACUGUAACAACACACAUGCCCGUCACAGACACCUAGUCUGAUUUUA